AUGGAGUGUCAGACAAAAGUGUAUUACAUUGUUGCUGUAGUGGUCUUACAUCAACUCAGAGACCAUCGAGUGAUAGACCUGCACCUGAAGGACCACCUGCUGGAGUUCAAGCUCUGGCCAGCAAAUGCAACACUCCUGGUGGGCAUGGACAGAGAGUUCAUACAGGCCCAUGAAGAGGGAGAGAUGAAAGACAAGCAGGGAGAGUUUUCUACAGGGAUGCCAGAACAGGAGAAAGGAGGAGGUACCUGA